AUGAGUGGCGGAGAUUGUUAUCUUUGCGAUACAUCGUGUUCAACUUGUAAUGGAGGAUCCUCAACUAAUUGUUUGACUUGUCCUACUGGUAAAUAUUUAUUUGCCAAUAAAUCAUGCAAUACUUGUAAUGUGAGCAAUGGAUACUAUAUAAAUGGAACAUAGUGUAUUGCUUGCGAUCCCUCAUGUUAAACUUGUAAUGGAUCAUCUGCAACAAAUUGUUUGACCUGUUCUUCUAGUAAAUAUUUAACUGCAAAUAAUUAAUGUAUUGCUUGCGAUACCUCAUGCUCAACUUGUAAUGGAGGUUCAUCAACAAAUUGUUUGACUUGCCCUUCUGGUAAGUAUUUAUUUGCCAAUAAAUCAUGCAACACUUGUAAUAUAAGCAAUGGUUAUUAUAUUAGUGGAAUUUAGUGUAUUCCUUGUGAUCCAUCAUGCUCAACUUGUAAUGGAUCAUCUGCAACAAAUUGUUUAACUUGUCCUUCUGGCAAAUAUUUGUUUGCAAAUUACUCAUGUAAUGUUUGUAAUACUAGUAGUGGAUUUUAUAUAAGUGGAAUUUAGUGUAUUUCUUGCGAUCCUUCAUGUGCCACUUGUAAUGGAUCAUCUUCAACUAGUUGCCUAACAUGUCCUUCAAGCAAAUAUUUAUUUGCAAACAACUCAUGUAAUAUUUGUAAUACUACUAGUGGUUUUUAUAUAAGUGGAAUUCAGUGUAUUGCUUGUGAUUCUACAUGUACUACAUGCAACGGAUAAUCUCCAACAAAUUGCUUGACUUGUCCUUCUGGUAAAUAUUUAUUUGCAAAUAACUCAUGCAAUGUUUGUAAUACGACUAACGGUUUUUAUAUAAGUGGAAUUUAGUGUAUUCCUUGUGACACUUCAUGUGCUACUUGUAAUGGAUCAUCUGCAACAAAUUGUUUGACUUGUCCUUCUGGUAAAUAUUUAUUUGCAAAUAACUCAUGUAAUGUUUGUAAUACUAGUAGUGGCUUUUAUAUAAGUGGAAUUUAGUGUAUUGUUUGUGAUCCUUCAUGUGCUACUUGUAAUGGAUCUUCCACAACAAAAUGUUUGACUUGUCCUUCUGGUAAAUAUUUAUUUGCAAACAACUCAUGUAAUGUUUGUAAUACUACUAGCGGUUUUUAUAUAAAUGGAAUUUAGUGUAUUUCUUGUGAUCCUUCAUGUGCUACUUGUAAUGGACCAUCUGCGACAAAUUGUAUGACUUGUCCUUCUGGCAAAUAUUUAUUUGCAAACAACUCAUGUAAUGUUUGUAAUACUACUAGCGGUUUUUAUAUAAAUGGAAUUUAGUGUAUUGCUUGCGAUCCUUCAUGUGCUACUUGUAAUGGAUCAUCUCCAACAAAUUGUUUGACUUGUCCUUCUGGUAAAUAUCUAUUUGCAAAUAACUCAUGUAAUAUUUGUAAUACUACUAGCGGUUUUUAUAUAAAUGGAAUUUAGUGUAUUUCUUGUGAUCCUUCAUGUGCUACUUGUAAUGGACCAUCUGCGACAAAUUGUAUGACUUGUCCUUCUGGCAAAUAUUUAUUUGCAAACAACUCAUGUAAUGUUUGUAAUACUACUAGCGGUUUUUAUAUAAAUGGAAUUUAGUGUAUUGCUUGCGAUCCUUCAUGUGCUACUUGUAAUGGAUCAUCUGCAACAAAUUGUAUGACUUGUCCUAAUGGCAAAUAUUUAUUUACAAAUAACUCUUGUGAUAAUUGUAAUACUAGUAAUGGCUAUUAUAUUAGCGGAAUUUAGUGUAUUGCUUGUGAUCCUUCAUGUGCUACUUGUAAUGGACCAUCUGCAACAAAUUGUAUGACUUGUCCUUCUGGCAAAUAUUUAUUUGCAAACAACUCAUGUAAUGUUUGUAAUACUACUAGCGGUUUUUAUAUAAAUGGAAUUUAGUGUAUUGCUUGUGAUCCUUCAUGUGCUACUUGUAAUGGAUCAUCUGCAACAAAUUGUUUGACUUGUCCUUCUGGUAAAUAUCUAUUUGCAAAUAACUCAUGUAAUGUUUGUAAUACUAUUAGUGGCUUUUAUAUAAGUGGAAUAUCGUGUAUUUCUUGUGAUCCUUCAUGUGCUACUUGUAAUGGACCAUCUGCGACAAAUUGUAUGACUUGUCCUUCUGGCAAAUAUUUAUUUGCAAACAACUCAUGUAAUGUUUGUAAUACUACUAGCGGUUUUUUAAUAAAUGGAAUUUAGUGUAUUGCUUGCCAUCCUUCAUGUGCUACUUGUAAUGGAUCAUCUGCAACAAAUUGUAUGACUUGUCCUAAUGGCAAAUAUUUAUUUACUAAUAACUCUUGUGAUAUUUGUAAUACUAGCAAUGGCUAUUAUAUUAGCGGAAUUUAGUGCAUUUCUUGCGAUCCCUCAUGCUAAACUUGCAAUGGAUCAUCUAAAACUAAUUGUUUGACUUGCCCUUCUGGUAAAUAUUUAUUUGCAAAUAACUCAUGUAAUAUUUGUAAUACUAGUAAUGGUUAUUAUAUAAGUGGAAUAUAGUGUAUUUCUUGUGAUCCUUCAUGUGCUACUUGUAAUGGACCAUCUGCGACAAAUUGUAUGACUUGUCCUAAUGGCAAAUAUUUAUUUACAAAUAACUCUUGUGAUAAUUGUAAUACUAGUAAUGGCUAUUAUAUUAGCGGAAUUUAGUGUAUUGCUUGUGAUCCUUCAUGUCAAACUUGUAUUGGAUCAUCUGCAACAAAUUGUUUGACCUGUCCUUCUGAUAAAUAUUUAUUUGCAAAUAAAUCUUGUGAUGUUUGUAAUAUUAGCAGUGGCUUUUAUGUAAACGGAAUUUAGUGUAUUUCUUGCGAUCCUUCAUGUGCCACUUGUAAUGGAAGUUCUAAUACUAAUUGUUUAACAUGCCCACCAGGAAAAUAUUUAUUUUAAAAUAAUUCAUGCAAUAAUUGCAAUGUAAGUGGUGGAUAUUUUAUUAGUGGAAAUAAUUGUAUAGCAUGCGAUUCAUCAUGUGCUACAUGCUAAGGAAACACAUAAACAAGUUGUUUGACUUGUCCGACUGGAAAAUAUUUACUUUUGGAUAAUUCAUGUCAAAGUUGUAUAGUAAAUAAUGGUUUUUUUAUAAGCGGAAAUAAUUGUUUGCAGUGCGAUCCAACUUGUUAAACUUGUAAUGGUCCUUCACCAAAUAACUGCAUUUCCUGUCAAAUUGGUUAGUAUUUAUUUAAAAAUAAUACUUGUUAAUAAGCUUGUAAUAUUAAUAACGGGUAUUAUAUUAAUGGAAAUAAUUGUUUAUAAUGUGAUUCAAGCUGUUUAACUUGUAACGGUCCCACUUCAAAUAAUUGCCUAUCAUGUUUAUCUGGUUAAUUUCUAUUUUAGGAUUAUUCUUGCUCAUCAAAUUGCAAUGUUAAUAAUGGAUAUUAUAUUGAUGGGACUAAUUGUUUAAAAUGCCAUUCGAGUUGUUUGACUUGUGAUGGUCCUUCUUCAAAUAAUUGUCUUUCAUGUGCCUUAGGUUAGUACAUAUUCAAGAAUAAAUCUUGCUCACUAAUCUGCUAGACUAAUGGUUAUUAUAUAGAUGGAAUUAAUUGUUUAGAAUGUAAUUCAAGCUGUUUAACAUGUAAUGGUCCAUAUUUAAAUAAUUGCCUAUCAUGCCAACCAGGCUAGUAUUUAUUUUAGAAUAAUACUUGUUCAUCUUAUUGUGAUACUAAUAAUGGAUAUUAUUAGUUUAACAGCUAAUGCCUUCUCUGUGAUCCAUCUUGUUAAACAUGUAAUGGACCAACUUCAGUAAGCUGCUUGUCAUGCCCUUCUGGAAACUUUUUAUAUGCUAAUAAUUCAUGUCAAUCUAACUGUAAUACUAGUUAUGGAUAUUUUAUAUAAGGAAAUAAUUGUAUAGCUUGCGAUUCUUCAUGCUAGUCUUGCUCAGGACCCUUAUCUACAAGCUGCUUAACAUGCUUUUCUGGGACCUAUUUGCACAAUGAUAAUUCAUGCAAACCUUGUAAUAUAAAUGAAAGUUAUUUUAUCAGUUAAAAUAAGUGUAUUUAAUGUAGUUCAUCAUGUUAAACUUGUAAUGGAUCUUAAGUAACUAAUUGCUUGACAUGUAAAUCUGGUCUCUAUCUCUAUCCUGACAACUCUUGCUAAGUAUGUGAUAUAACUAAUAAAUAAUUUUUAGAUACAUAAUAAAUAUGCAGAAACUGUCAUUCUUCAUGCUUUACAUGUAAUGGUCCAAAUGUUAACUAAUGUUUGACUUGCCCAGCUGGAUAGAAUCUAUAUCCAGAUAAUAGCUGUAAGAUAUGUAAUAUUUAGAAUCAGUAAUAUUUAGAUAAUUAAAGUAUAUGCAGAUAGUGUGAUUCUUCUUGCUAAACAUGCAACGGAUAGCAAUAAACUUCUUGUACAAGCUGCAUAUCUGGAACCUAUUUAUAUCCUGAUAACAGCUGCAAUAUUUGCAAUACUUCUAAUUAAUAAUAUUUAGAUACUUAAAAUAUAUGUAAAUCUUGUGAUCCUUCUUGUUUGACAUGCAGUGGACCCUAAGCUACUUAAUGCUUAACUUGCUUAAGUGGAAAUUAUUUAUUCCCUGACAAUAGCUGUAAUAUAUGUAAAAUAAGUAAUAAGUAAUAUUUAGAUAGUGCAUAAAUUUGCAGGUCCUGUGAUCCUAGUUGCUUAACUUGUAAUGAUUAAACUCCAUAGUCAUGUACAAGCUGUCCAACAGGCACUAAUUUAUAUCCUGAUAAUAGUUGUUAAAAAUGUGAUAUUGCUAAUAAGUAAUACCUAGAUAACUCUAAUAUAUGCAGAUACUGUGAUCAUACUUGCUUAACAUGCAAUAAUUCUUCACCUAAAUCUUGUCUAACCUGCCCUUUAGGAACUUACUUAUAUCCAGAUUAAAGUUGUAACACUUGCGAUACAGCAAAUCAAUUUUAUUUAGAUAGUUAAUAGAUUUGUAGAUAAUGUGAUUCAUCUUGCUAAACUUGUAAUGGGUAAUCAGCAAAUUCAUGCUUAACUUGUACUUUAGGAACUAAUUUAUAUCCGGAUCGCAGCUGUAAAUUUUGUGAUAUAAGCAAAAAAUAUUAUUUAGAUAGCUAGUAUAUUUGUUAAUAAUGUGAUACUUCUUGUUAAACCUGCAAUGGCCCUACUUCAACUUCAUGCUUGACUUGCCCCUAAAGUGAAAAUGCUAAAUUUUACUUAUAUCCAGAUAAUUCUUGUAAUAGUUGUGAUUUAACUAACGGUUAAUAUUUAGAUGCAGCAAAUAUAUGUAGGUAAUGUGAUAUAUCUUGUAAAACAUGUAAUGGUUCGGCUCCUACUUAGUGUUUAACUUGCCCAUCAGGGACAAAUUUGUUUCCAGAUUUUAGCUGUAAAGUUUGUAAUAUUAAAAAUUAGUAUUAUUUAGAUCAACUAUAGAUUUGUAGACAAUGUCAUCCUUCAUGCUUAACUUGCAAUGGAUAGUCUUAAAAUCAGUGCUUAAGCUGCUUACCAGGAACUAACUUAUUUCCUGAUAAUAGCUGCUAAGUUUGUUAAAUAAAUAAUUAAUAUUUUUUAGAUUCAUCAAAUAUUUGCAAUUAGUGUGAUUCAUCUUGCUUGACAUGUAAUGGAUUUUAGCCUAAUUAAUGCUUAAGUUGUCCAAAUGGAAAAUAUUUAUAUCCUGAUAAUACAUGCUAAACAUGUAAUUUAAAUAAUAAAUAGUAUUUAGAUGCAUAUUAAAUUUGUAGAUCUUGUGAUUCUACUUGCUUAACUUGCACAGGAUCAUCAAAAAAUCAAUGCUCAAGCUGCCCUCCUGGGACAAAUUUAUUCUAAGAUAAUACUUGUUCAGUAUGUAAAACAAAUAAUCAAUUUUAUAUAGAUUAAAAUACUAUUUGUAAGCCAUGUGACUCUUCUUGCCAAACUUGUAGUGGACCCUCAUCAACUGAGUGUAUAACAUGCCCAAAUGGAAAAAAUUUAUAUCCAGAUAAUAGCUGCUAAGUAUGUAACACAGAUAAUCUUUAAUAUUUAGAUUAAAAUAAUAUUUGUAGAUCUUGUGACUUAACAUGCUAAACUUGUAAUGGACCUACAGCAAAUUCUUGUUUAAAAUGUCCUACAGGGUCUAAUUUAUAUCCUGAUUAUAGUUGCAAAGGAUGCAACAUAAAUAAACAAUAAUUCUUGGACUAGAAUUAAAUUUGUAGAAGUUGUGAUCCAUCAUGUUAAACAUGUAAUGGAUAGCUAGCUACUUAAUGCCUAAGUUGUCCUUCAGGAACCAACUUAUAUCCAGAUAACAGUUGCAAGUUUUGUGAUUUAAGCAAAUAAUAAUUUUUAGAUUCAAACUAAAUUUGCAGAUCUUGUGAUCCUUCUUGCUACACUUGCUCUGGAUAAACAGCUUAGCAAUGCUUAAGCUGUAAUCCAGGUAAUAAUUUGUUUCCAGAUAAUAGCUGCAAAAUUUGUGAUAUAAGUAACAAAUAAUAUAUAGAUUCUAAUUAGAUAUGCAGAUAAUGUGAUUCUUCUUGCUAAACAUGUAAUGGAUCUUCAGCUAAUUAGUGUUUAAGUUGUCCAUCUGGCAAAAAUUUAUAUCCAGACUUUUCAUGUAAAUAUUGUAAUACGAACAAUAUGUAAUAUUUAGAUUAAAACAAUAUUUGCAGAAGCUGUGAUUCUUCUUGCUAAACUUGUAAUGGAUCUACUCCAUAAUCGUGUUUAAGUUGUCCAUCAGGUACUAAUUUAUUUCCAGACAAUUCUUGCAAAUUUUGCGAUGUAAGUAAUCAACUUUAUUUAGACUAAUCUAAGGUCUGUAGAUCUUGCCACUCAAGUUGUUAAACAUGUAGCGGACCUACUAAAAAUGAAUGUUUGACUUGUCCAAACGGGACUUAUCUUUAUCCAGAUAAUUCAUGCUAACUAUGUUAAACCAACAAUUAGCAGUAUUUAGAUAGUUCUAACAUUUGUAGAUAAUGUGAUCCUUCAUGCUUAACAUGUAAUGGAUCUUCUUUAAAUUCUUGUGUCACUUGUCAUCCAAAUAAUUCACUUUAUCCUGAUUUUAGUUGUAGUUUUUGUGACAUAAGCAAAUCCUUUUACUUAGAUUCAAAUAAUAUUUGUAGAUAAUGUCAUAGCACAUGCUUAACUUGCUCUGGACCUUAAAGUACUCAAUGCUUAAGUUGCCCUAAUGGAUAAAAUCUUUUUCCAAAUAAUUCAUGUAAUGUAUGCAAUGUUUCUAAUUAAUAUUUUAUUGAUUCUAACAAAAUAUGUUAAGCCUGUGAUUCUAGCUGCUAAACAUGUAGUGGACCAAACAAUACAGAUUGUUUAACAUGUGCUACAGGAAAAUAUUUUUAUCCUGAUAAGACCUGUAAUGUAUGCAGCACUAAUAAUAAAUUUUAUCUUGAUAGCAAUUAAAUAUGCCAAUAAUGUGAUAGCUCAUGCAAAACAUGUAAUGGAUUAACUAAAAAUUCAUGUGAAUCAUGCCCCUUAGGGACGACACUUUACCCAGAUUAUUCAUGUUAGUUCUGUGAUACAUCCAAUCAAUUUUAUAUAGAUUCUAAGAAUUUUUGUUAAAAAUGUGAUUUAAGUUGUCAAACCUGCUCUGGGUAAACCAAUAAACAAUGUUUAAGUUGUCCUGCUAAUACUUACUUAUAUCCAGAUAAUUCUUGUAAUUAAUGCAAUACUUAGAACUAGUAUUUUGUAGAUAAAAAUUAAAUUUGUUAAAAAUGUGAUAGCUCAUGUCUUACUUGCAAUGGAUUGCUAAAUAAUAACUGCACAUCAUGCAAAGAUGGUUUUUAUUUAGAUAAAAAUAAUACUUGCAAGCCUUGUGAUUCAACCUGCUUAACUUGUAAUGACUCAGGUAAAAAUAGCUGCUUGACUUGCCAGAGUGGAUAAAAUAUUUUUUAUGAUAAAUCUUGUAAUAUUUGUCAAAUAAGUAAUAAAUAUUUUAUUGAUAGCUCACUAAUUUGUCAGAAAUGUCAUCCUACUUGCUUAACUUGCAACGGCUUACUUUAAAAUAAUUGCUUAUCUUGCUAAGAUGGGCUAUACUUAGAUUCCACAAAUUAAUGCUAGCCAUGCGAUUCCUCAUGCUCAACUUGUAAUGGCCCUAGUCCAUCAUAAUGUUUAAAAUGUAAACCAGGAUUUAAUUUUUAUCCUGAUGGGCUUUGUAAGUAUUGUGAUUUAUCAAAUAAAUAUUUCUUAGCUAACUAAAAAAUCUGCUAAUAAUGUUCACCUAAUUGUUAAACUUGUAAUGGGCCUCUAACAACAGACUGUUUAAAAUGUAUAAGUGGAAUGACUAAAUUUCCAGAUUAAACUUGUAAUUUCUGUGAUACAAAUAAUAAAAAAUUCAUAGAUACUAAUUAAAUAUGUCAAAACUGUGACUCGUCUUGUUUAACAUGCAAAGGUUUAUCAUCAACUGAUUGUACUUCUUGUAAUUUAGGAUAGAAUUUAUAUCCUAAUAAUUCCUGUUAAUUUUGUAACCUAAAUAAUUAAUAAUAUUUGGAUAGCACAAAUGUUUGUAGAUCAUGUGAUAAAUCUUGCUAAAAAUGUAAUGGUCCAUUGAAAAAUCAGUGCAUAUCUUGCGUUUUAGGAUUAACUCUUUACCCUGAUAACUCUUGUUAGAUUUGUGAUAUAAAUAAUAAAUAAUUUAUAGAUAAUAAUAACAUAUGCUAAUAAUGUGAUAAUUCUUGUUAAAAAUGUAGUGGUCCUUCUAAUACAAAUUGUAUUGAAUGUGCAUAUGGAUUGAGCUUUUAAAGUGAUACCACUUGUAAAUUUUGCAAUACUUCAAAUGGAUUCUUUGUUGAUUAAAAUAACUAUUGCAAAAAUUGUGAUUAAAAUUGCAUUACUUGUAAAAAUAAUAAAUAAUGUACUAAGUGUGUAUCUAAUUUCACACUAUUUAAUGGAAUGUGCUUUGACUGUUAACCUGGAACUUAUAUAGAUUCUACAACUAUGAGCUGCUAGAGCUGUAAUAUAAAAUGUAAGACUUGCUUUGGAGGUCUAGAAACAUAAUGUAUCCAAUGUGCUAAUCCAUCCUAAUUUUUUGAUUAAAAUAAUUAUUGUGUUGAUUCUUGCUAAGAUGGGUAUAUCAAGAAUCCAAACACAAAUAAAUGUUAGAAGUGUUUGUAUUAUACAGCUAAUUUUUAAAAAGCUAUUUGCGUUUUGGAAUGCCCAGAUCAGUUUUAUGCAGAUUCUAAUAAUAUUUGUUAGAAAUGUGGAAAUAAUUGUAAACAUUGCAUAGAUUAGCUAACAUGUAUAGAGUGUAAUGAGAAUUACAGUUUUAAAAGUUAAAUUUUAAGAGAGUGUGAUUUUUGUUAAGCAGAUGAAUAUAAAGACGAUAAUAAUGUUUGCUAAAAAUGUGAAAUAUUAAAUUGUUAAACUUGUUAGAGUAAAAGUAUUUGCCAUACCUGUGCAAUAGGAUAUAAAAAUAAAUAAACAUAUUGUGAAUAUGAUUAAAGAUAUGAUCACUAUACUUGCUCUUAUUCAACUUAAGAAUAAUGUGAAUCAGAAUUGAAUUUAAUUACAAAGGUUGAUACAAGUAUGCAAUCUGUAUAAAUUACUUCAUUUGGAAUACAAACUGCAAAUGCUAUAUUAUUUGCAUAAGGAACAUAGUUUUUAUAUUCUCUUUAGAUUCAACAAAUGAUAGGAAAUAUAAAAUUUUCAGAUUAAUUUAAAACAUUAAGCCUCGGUUAAACUUUUAUUGAUUUAAAUUACUAAAUGAAUAUUUUAAGUAUUAUUCCCAAUCCAAUAAAAUCAAUGAAUACAUAAAAUUCCAACCAGAAUAAAUCAUCCAAUAAUUUAUAAAGUUAGAGAAUACUUGAUGAAAAUGCAUCAUCAAGCGAUUUAAGAAGAAUUGAGUCAAUUAAUCUCAGUAACCUGUUUUUAAGUGAUGCUUUAAUUUAUUUCUUUAUUACUGGAAUAUUUAUCAUAAUUUUAUCCAUUUGUAAGUUGCUAAGUAAAAGAUUUACCUUUUUUAGUGAGAUUGAAGAGAAAAAAUACUCAUAUAUAAUCAAACUUUAGCUUUUGUUUUCAAACUACAUCCUAAUAUCUAUUUUUAAUUGUUUUAAAAUCUUAGAUUUUUCAACAACUCUUCAAAUUGUCAGCUUCGCCUUAUAAAUUGUAUACUUGAUAUGCUAUGCUAUAUUCUUAAUAUUUUUUUAUCUUUAAAUCAAGAAAUUUGAUAGAAAAUCUAACAUGGCUUUAAUUAAUAAAUAUUAUAUUCUCAUUGAUAAUAUUAAUAUAGAGAUUCCUUUUGGAAAAUACUUUUGGUUAUUUUUUGAAAUUAGAAAAAUAUUAAAUAUAGCAUUUACUUUUUUAAUACCUUCAGUGAUCUUGUCUCUUUCUUUAGUGAUGUCUUUGAAUUUAAUAUUUUUCAUUUACAUGGUUUAUUACAAACCAAUUAUGUCGUUAAUCGAGUAGAGAUAUUAUUAUGUAUUAGAAUUCUUGCAAAUAUUAAUUAAUCUAAAUAUUAUUUUAGUCUACAACUUUGAUGAUGUAAAAUUAGCUUGGUCCACAGUCAUUAAUAUUGGAACACUCUUUUUUGUGAUAUUUGUAUAUUCAAUAUUCGUGUCCUAUAAAAUCAUAAAAAUAAAAUACUGCAAAAAAAGAUUUAUAGUAUCAAAGAAUUUAUACUAUGAAGAAGAUGUUAGAUAAAAGUAAAUCUAAUCAAUUAUAGAUAAAAAUUAGAUGAGAAUCAAAGUAAGAAAAGGGGUCUUAAAUUAAUUAGAAAGUUCAUUAAAUAACUCCUUAAACACAGAGAGCAAUAAUAGUUCAAGGAUAGAAUACAUGGAUAACAUUCACCAACUAUCUAUUAAAUGGAAUAAAAAUCCAAUAUAUACUAGAAAUGUUGCAUUAAAAAUCCAUAAAUAAUAAUGA